AUGUCAGCCGGACAGAGAAAACCCGAGCCCCUUCGUCGGAUUAUAACAACCCAUGAUUCUUCAAACGGCCGAGCUAUCUUUAGCGACGUGGUCGGGGAGCAGGUCUCGUUUACCGGAUUCCCGGUUCCCCCAGGCAAGCCCACAACCUCAGACUAUGCCCUAGCCUAUAACACAAGCACAUUUCCUGUGCAAGGGCUUUCUCCUCCAACUUCUGCAACUGCAGAGUCCAAAGCAAAUCUCGACAUAAAACAGUAUCGCUCCCAGCUCUCAGAUCCCACGCCUUUGAAUCCGGAAAACGGCACCUCCUGCACGAUUAUUGAGGUACCUCCAGGUGCAGCAGUUCCGAUGCACCGAACAGCGACCCUCGAUUAUGGUGUGGUAAUGAGUGGCACUACAGAAUUAGUUCUUGAUUCCGGUGAGAAAAAAGUGCUGAAACAGGGUGAUGUAUUUGUUCAACGAGGCACGGCUCAUUCUUGGCUGAAUACGACUGGAAGUAAAGAUAACUCUGGUGUUUUACGUAUCUUUUUCGUGUUUCAACCUAUCGAACCGGUACGACUGGAUGGCGGAAAGGUCAUCGGUCAGGACUUGACCCUAUCUCUGAAGGAGGCUUAA